AGAGGCUGGGAAGUAAUCGGAGCCGAUGCAAAGAGGUGCCUGGGGCGCGGAGUGGGCUUUGCUUUGGUAAUCUCUUCCUUUCCCCCCAGUGGCGGCGAUGCGCAUAGGCAAUGAAUGAGCCCGCGGGCGCUGCUGUUGCACGUGCCCCCAGCCCAGCUCCAGAGCCGGCCGGAUUCAAAGGCUGCUGCUGCCGCCGCCGCCGCCGCGCUCCAAGCUAAGCCGCUCAGCUGUCAAUGUCCAUAAGGGCUUGCCGCUCCGGAGUGGUGCAGGGAAGAGGCCACGCGAGGAGCCCCCCUCGUUUCUGCUGCUCUUUCCCCGGAGGAGGGAGAGACCAGGAUGCUGCGCCAACCGCCGCUUUGAAGGAUGGAAGGAGUUCUGUACAAGUGGACCAAUUAUAUCACAGGUUGGCAGCCUCGCUGGUUUGUUCUAGAUAAUGGGAUAUUGUCUUACUAUGAUUCACAGGAUGACGUUUGCAAGGGCAGUAAAGGAAGCAUAAAGAUGGCCGUGUGUGAAAUCAAAGUUCAUCCAACAGACAGUACAAGAAUGGAGUUAAUAAUCCCUGGGGAACAGCAUUUCUACAUGAAAGCAGUCAACGCGGCUGAACGACAGAGGUGGCUGGUGGCAUUGGGAAGCUCAAAAGCCUGUUUGGCAGACUCCAGAACAAAGAAAGAAAAAGAAAUUAAUGAAACUAAUGAAUCUCUGAAAACCAAAAUGUCUGAACUUCGUCUGUACUGUGACCUGUUAAUGCAGCAAGUGCAUACAAUACAAGAAUAUGUUCACCAUGAUGAGAGUCACUCAUCGCCAAGCAUCGAGAAUAUGAAUGAAGCUUCCUCCUUGCUCAGUGCCACCUGCGACACAUUCAUCACGACACUGGAAGAAUGUGUGAAAAUAGCCAAUGCCAAGUUUAAGCCAGAGAUGUUUCAGUUGCCUCACCCGGAUCCCCUAGUCUCUCCUGUGUCUCCUUCACCCGUGCAAAUGAUGAAGCGUUCCGUUAGCUAUCCAGGUACCUGUAAUUCAGAGAGGGGCAGUCACUCGCUAAAAGAAACAAACUCUUCAUCCCACCGAUCAUCACAACGGUGCAGAAGAACGUUGUCAGAUACAGAGCCUUCUGUAGAUACUCACCUUGAAGAAGCAGACAGACAGCCCUACUGUUCCAGAGGAUCUCUCAAUGGAGAUUUGUUGCCUCCAGCCAUUCCUGAAGCAACUUUAGUAGUGUCUAAGAAACAAUCGGGACUUGAAGAGGCCAUUCCACCAACUUCCUGAAGAAAGAGAAGGAUUGACUUUCUAUAAGUAAAGCUAUGCAAAGCUGCUGUCAUUCUACUGUCGUAGGGAGUAGUUAGUUGUUCCCUGUCUGAAGGAUUUCUCUGCACUUUAUAGAAUAAUGUAAAAAAAACCCAAACCCCUAAUUUUGAAGUGUAUUUUAUCUUUAUAUACUUUAUUUGCAAGAGUAUUUUCCUAAAAAAGAACUUUAGUUUGUGCAUUUUGAAACAAAUUUAUGGGUUUAACUAAAAGUAAGUACCCUUGUAAGUGUAGCUUUUUUUCUUCUUUUUAUGUGACGUGAUGGUCAAGCAAAACUUAGCAAGGUUGAAAAUUCAAAACUUGGACAGAUUGGGGGUGGAAAGAAGUUGUGCCAUAGACCCAGCUGGUCAGUAGAUUUCAUAGUAGUUGCGCAGGUACAGCAUUUGAUUUUGGUGAUUUAGGAGUGCACCAUUAAUUUCAGGGGCAUGCUUGCCUAUGUUAGGGCUAAGACUGCAUUCCUAAAACAAAGUAUGUCAAUAAGGUAUAUUUUCCCCCUUUUCUUUUAAAAGCAAGCAUGUAUAAAAGGCACGGAAUACCUGAAGUCCUGCUGAAACCUAUGGGACUUGAGCAUAUUCUCUAGCCAAACUUAAGCACCUUAAAAUCCCAUUGGUUUCCCUAAAAAGGAUAUAAACACACAAUUAACUUUCCCAUUGAAGUCAGUGAAGCUACGUUGUUUCACUUUAGCCAGAUUGUCCUUAAAUUCCAUCAGAAAUAGCCUUGCGGCACCUUUAAGAUGAACAAGUGUUUAUUCCUGCAUAAGUAUUCACAAACCAGGGACUGGUGUGUUGGAUGAAUCUCACAAAGUGGGUUUUAGUCCACAAAAGCUUGUGCUAGAAUGAAAACGUGUUUAUCUUGAGGGUGUUUAUUUUUGCUAGCAAAUGGACAGACUUGAAUUCUGUUUUUUUGACUGGGACGUAGAACAUCUCUGGCUUGCAUGCAAAAUUUGGUUCAUAUUUUUUAGCCAAGCAAAAUAACGGGAAGACGUGCAGUAUUUUUUUAAACAGACAUAUCUGCAAGGCCACUGCCUUGCAUGGGCGGAAGAUAUUUUAAUAUGUUUGAUGUAUUUAUGUCUUUUUGCACCAAAAAUGCCUACUACUUGUAUAGAGCAAAAGAGAUGUAAAAGUUGUACUUAACUGUUGUUGAGGUAUAUUGCAUCACUAAAUAUCAUUGUAGCACUGUGUUGUUGUUUUUAAAGUCAUUGGGUACUAUCUAGCCAUGGUUAUGCAAUUUUAAGUCCUCUUAAUUUUGUUGGAAGAGUAAAACAUAUUUCUGUACAAUAUAUGCUCAUUUAACUAAAGGAGCAUAAAAUAUGCUUAACUUUGGCUGGAUUGUUGCUUUUUGUCACACCUAAAAAGAAAAAAAAAUAUCCUUGACGUGUCUUUUUACCAAAGUGUUAUUUUACUGCUGGUUUCUAAAAUAUGCUUUUGAGCUGCUGUUGUAAUGUAUUCAUAUUUGCAGCGAUACCUUUAUUUAUGACCUAUUUAUACCAAAGGGGGGGGUAACUUUUAUCAGUGUGAAUUCUAUAUAACUUCAGGAUGGCAUAUAUGCGCUGCAAUGUUCUCCUCUCUGUUCAUGCAGUGUCAAAUAUGAAUACACUCCCAAUUGAGAUGAGAAUUGUGCUCUUGGCUAGAGGAUGAAACAUGUAGUUUAGCCACCACCGAUUUGUACAUUCAUGAAAUCUCUCUUGCCCAAGCCAUUUGCAAGAGCAAAGACUUCAAACUUAAAUUUCAGCAGAGGUUUGCAAAGAAGUUACUGAUGAAUUGCACCCAAAACUGUGUUAGUGUUUUGCAUUGUAAAUUCUUUGGUUUUGUAUUCACUUUGGGAUAAACUUGGUAUAUAAUGUCUUGGCCAUGGAGCACUUUUUUAAAAAGUUAAAAAAAAGUUUUUUUUUUAGAAGUUACAUAAGUGUUCAAUAAAAUACUGUUUUUACA